GAAAACUACCUAUAAAUGCAAUCGAUGACGCCGACGGGCAACUGCACAUUCGGACUGACUUCACCAGCGAUGCAGCGCUCACUGAUCUGUUUGUUGGCAGCAGCCACCGCCGCCGCGGCCGCGGGUCUUUACGGGGGUGUCAAUGUUGACAAGGACUCGGCGGGAAUUCAAGGACAAAUAGUCUUUCCAAAAAUUCCGGGAUUCAACAGUCCGCCGUUGGGUCUCAACCUCUUCCCGGCGCCCCAGUCCCAAAAUCAGCAGCAAUCAUCAUCCAGCGGAUCGUCCAUUUUCGAUCCUUUCGGACUAUUCAGACCCCGGCAGAAUCAGCCGCCCAGGAAUCCGCCGAGACGCGGACAAAAUCCGUUCGCGUUGAAUAUUCCAAAUGUUGAGGAUUUAAUUCCCCAAAUUCCCAGCAACAUCAACACCACCGACCUCGAUAUCCCCCAACUUCCACCACUUCCCGGCGUUCCAGCUGUGCCUGGCCUCCAGGAGGCUAUCCAACUGGCUCGGGAGCAUCUCAACAUCAGCCUGGGAAUCGGCGCUGAUUUGAUCGAUGGCAUUCAACAAGCGAUCGAGGAAGCACUGAACAGUGACGAUCCCACUGAUUCCAUACGCAUUCUGGUUACAACAAUUUUAAAUGCUUAUCUCGAUGUUGCACGCAAUUGUCCAGUUAUGAUUAUUGGUUUUCGCGUGCUGCAAGAGGGCAUCCGCCUGGCUGGCGAGGUCGCCAAAUCAGUUCGAAAUGUCCUCGUAGGACAGGUAACUACGUGAGUUAUGAAACAUCGAAGAUUGAUAGAUUACGACAGAAACAUAAAUUAAAUAAACAUUCAAUUCUGUGAACAUAUCCAUUGGCCGUAUUGCGUAAUAAAUAUUACUGAUGGGAUUCAA